GCCACUCACAGUCACAGCCACGGAAUGCACGGAACGUCCAAUUUUCAGGCGACGGAUGUGUAAUCGCGUGUUUCCGCCUUCGCGCAGAGUAUACGAACGUCUACCAUGCGUCUCCCUCUCUCCCCUCGCAUCGCCGCCGUCCCCGCCAUGCCCCCUCGCCGCCGCCGCCGCCUCGCCGGGCCGGCCCUGCCACCCAUCCCUCCCGUCCUCUCCUCCACCCCACCGCCCACCCCAUUCUCAGAAACCCCCAAACUCGAAACCCCUCAGCAGCACCCUCCGCCCGCCCGCCGCCGCCUUCCCCUCGACGGCGACGCACAACCAGAAGAGUGGCACCCCCUCCCUCUUUCCGCCGGCGACCUCUUCCUCCCUCUCACUCUCCCCACCGGACAGACCUUCCUCUGGCGCCGCACCUCCCUCUCCCCGCUCCGCUUCACCGGCGCCGUGGGCUCGCACCUCCUCUCCCUCUCCCACCUCCCGGACGGCGGCCUCGCCUUCCUCCUCCACAACGACGAUGCCGACACCUCCUCUUGCUCCGUGGCCACCGCCCGCGCCGCGAUCUGCGACUACCUGAAUGCCACCGUCCCGCUCGCCGACCUCUGGCGCCAGUUCACCGCCGCCGACGCGCGCUUCGCCGAGGUCGCGGCGCGGCUCGGAGGCGGUGGCGCUCGGGUGCUCAGGCAAGACCCGGUCGAGUGCUUGUUCCAGUUCCUCUGCUCCUCCAACAACAACAUCGCGCGGAUCGAGAAGAUGGUGUGGACGCUGGCCGGCUAUGGGGAGCGGCUCGGCGAGGUCGGCGGGUUCGUGUUCCACCGGUUUCCCACCAUCGAGCAGCUCGCGCAGGUGUCGGAGCAGGAGCUUCGGGACGCCGGCUUUGGCUACAGGGCAAAGUACAUCGUUGGCACUGCUACAGAAUUGAUGGCCAAGCCUGGCGGUGGUGAGAAAUGGCUUGCCUUGUUACGUGACAGGGAACUUCCAGAGGUGAUUGAGGGUCUUUGCACCCUGCCAGGCGUUGGCCCAAAAGUUGCAGCCUGUAUUGCUCUGUUCUCCCUGGAUAAGAAUCAGGCUAUUCCUGUUGAUACACAUGUCUGGAAGGUUGCUACACAAUACCUGUUGCCUGAGCUAGCUGGCAAGAGCUUGACACCAAAACUCAGUAUUGUUGUUGCUGAUGCAUUUGUCGCUAAAUUUGGGAGUUAUGCCGGUUGGGCACAGAACGUUCUUUUCAUCGGUCAGCUGCCUACACAAAAACUCCUGGCUGCAGAAGUUCCCAGUGAUGCCACAAAACCUGCCAAGAGGAAGCGUGGGGGAAAGACUGUUGAAAUGCGGACAUAAGACAUCAUGAGUACCAAGGUUAUAUAUCAGUUUUUGCAGGAAUGCCAAAGAAUGUUGGAUUAGGAGUGAUUCAGAAUGCGUGGCAUGAUUGCUUCAUCAACAGAUGCAAUUUCUUUUGUUGAGCUGAAGUGCUGAGAAAUGUUUCCAACCAUCCAACACGAUUCUCGGAGCCUGAUGGCAAAAAUCUUCUUACAGCAGGAACUCAUUAGAAGGUAUCUUGAAUCUUGACCACAUCAACAUCCCAUUCACCAGGAGUCAUCGGUUCCAAUCUUGUUUUCCUGUGUGCGUGCUGGUGGCGGUAUUGUGAUUCUGUUGUAUGAUUGUCCUGGCGCAUCUUCCAUAAAAUGGAGGUGCACAGAGUAUCGCGAGCCAAAUUGCAACCAGAAAUUUAAUUGGAUUCAUCUCUGAUAGGUCAUGUAACAAGUCACAUGGCCUAUCAUGUAUUCAUGUUCUAUGUGAUGUGAGCGUACAAGGUUAUUGCCAUUGGCUUUGGCUAUGGCUCCUUCUGAUGUGGGGAUUGCGUAAACAUCUUAAUCUGAUUGGAACAAUAGUCGAAUCGAA